GUCAGUCCGAGGAAUAGUCUUUCCUAUAUUUUGGGGCGUUUCAUUCUUUUCGCCCUACAACCCUUCCUUCCUUCUCUUGGGCGGCGGCAGUGAGCGACCGAGGCCCCAAGUCUUCACAACUAGGGUUUCAAGAAACCGAGACGGGGACUUCGAAAUCGAAAUAUCACGAUUAAGGUCUUGCACUGAAACGAAAAAAACCCUUCACUUCCGUGUCAGACAGUUGUUUGGGUAACAAUACUCAGCUGCCGUCUCAAGCUAUUUGCUUUGGCGGGAGUUUGAAUUCCAACUCCUAAUGGCUGACGAUUCCACGCCUUCAAGUGCCCAGCUUGCGAAAGUAACCUUAAACAACGCUCCCUCCGUUCUAAAAGCAGAGUUUUCCGACAGAGUUCUCAUCCGUUCCAUUAUUUCGCGACCUGAUGGAGGGUCUGGGUUGGCCGGGCAGACGGUCCGGAUUGGUGGGUGGGUGAAGACUGGUCGGAAGGCAGACAAGGAUGCAUUUGCAUUCCUGGAGCUGAAUGACGGGUCAUGCGCAGGCAACCUUCAGGUGAUUGUAAAAGCUGACAAGUAUGACCUUGGGCAGCUUGUACAGACUGGUACUUGCCUGUCUGUGGAUGGUGUGCUUAAGCUUCCCCCUGAUGGGAAAAAGCAGAAGGUGGAGCUUGAUGUUGAGAAGGUGGUCCAUGUGGGUCCGGUUGACCCAGCUAAAUACCCAUUGCCCAAGACCAGGCUCACCCUUGAGUUUUUGAGGGACCAUCUUCAUAUGCGUUCCAGAACCAACACUAUCUCUGCAGUUACUCGAAUCAGAGAUGCCUUGGCAUUUGCAACCCACUCAUUUUUCCAUAAGCAUGGAUUUCUUUAUGUGCAAACUCCAAUUAUCACCACCAGUGACUGUGAGGGUGCUGGUGAGAUGUUUCAAGUCACAACCUUGAUUAGUGGAGCUGAAAAGUUGGAAAAGGAUCUGAUUGAGAACCCUCCUCCAUCAGAAGCAGACAUAGAGGCUGCCAAGCUUAAUGUCAAGGAGAGAGGAGAUGAUGUCGCUCAGCUGAAAUCUGCUAAAGCAAGUAAGCAGGAUAUUAAUGCUGCUGUGGCUGAGCUUAAAAAGGCAAAGGAUAAUGUCUUCAAACUAGACGAGCGAUCUAAGCUUCAACCUGGUAUCCCUCAAAAGGAUGGGAAGAUUGAUUAUACCCAAGAUUUCUUCGCCCGUCAAGCCUUUUUGACUGUUUCUGGCCAAUUACAAGUCGAAUCUUAUGCAUGUGCUCUUAGUAGUGUCUAUACAUUUGGGCCUACUUUUCGAGCUGAGAACUCCCAUACUUCAAGGCAUUUGGCAGAGUUUUGGAUGGUGGAGCCAGAAAUUGCAUUUGCAGAACUUGAGGAUGAUAUGAACUGUGCAGAGGCAUAUGUGAAAUUUCUGUGUCAGUGGUUACUUGAUGAAUGCAGGGAAGACAUGGAAUUUAUGGCUGACAAAAUUGAUAAAACUUGCAUUGAUCGUCUAGCAAUGGUUGCUAAAACACCCUUUAAACGGAUUAGUUAUACAGAAGCAGUGGAUCUGCUAAUUGAUGCUGUGAAAAAGGGUAAGAAGUUUGAGAACCAUGUAGAGUGGGGGAUUGAUUUGGCAUCUGAGCACGAAAGAUACCUGACGGAGGUAUUAUUUCAAAAGCCUGUUAUCGUUUACAACUAUCCUAAAGGUAUCAAAGCAUUCUACAUGAGGCUCAACGAUGAUUUGAAAACAGUGGCUGCUAUGGAUGUCCUGGUACCAAAGGUGGGAGAGUUGAUUGGGGGAAGCCAAAGGGAAGAGCGUUACGAUGUUAUUAUCAGCAGGAUUGAGGAGAUGGGUCUGCCUGUUGAGCCAUAUGAGUGGUACCUUGACUUGCGGCGCUUUGGGACUGUCAAACAUUGUGGUUUUGGUUUAGGAUUCGAACGAAUGGUUCUGUUUGCUACCGGGAUUGACAACAUUAGAGAUGUGAUUCCUUUCCCUAGAUAUCCAGGAAGGGCAGAUCUUUGAAUUAGUCUAUAGAUUGAAAGGGACAUAUUCGAAUUAGUUGUUAUGUCCUAUGCCUUUAUCUACGUUAAAUACAGUAUUGGCCGACCAUCAUAAGGAAGAACAUAGAACAAAGAAUUGCUGUUUUCAAAUCGAUGUCAUAUUCGAGAAGCAUAUCUAUUAACAUAUCUGUGUUUUGUUGAUUCUCAACUUUAAAUUGUGUUUCGUGUGA